AUGACAAAUGGUGAUUCAUCAAGACAUCCAAGUUUGUCAGGCAGCCAAGAAGAAACAAGCUGUCGUAAAAGCUGCUGCAAAGAUCACUCCUGCAGACCCAACACUGGUGGACACACUGACACUGAUUUCACACUGGUGGAUGGAUCAUCUACUUGUUCAUCACCUUAUGGGUUCUGGCUGCCGCACAGACGGUUAUCACAACACAACAGUCAUAGCAAGCAGACAUUAUGGGAUAUUCCUCCUCCACUCAGGUUUGCAGAUAAGGAAAGUAAAGACCUACAGGACCUCACAGAGAACAUCGUGUCCUGUGAUAUAAAUGACAAUAAUGUAUUCAAAGAAGAGGAGGCUACUCAGUGUGACCCAGAAGCUGUGGUGUCAGAGUGUGACUUUUCAAUACCAAGAGCAAAUAAAACAGCUUACUGUACUCAGUCCGACGAACCUAAUGCUGACAAAAACCUCUUGAGAUCAUCUGCAUCAAUAAGUCAAAACCAUAAAUGGAAUAUCCAAAUGCAUAACAACGCCACCAACUGUCAAUCAAGUAGUUACACAGAAGCACCAAGAAAAAGGCGGAGAACUUACCCAGGAGUUGGGUAUCACUCCUGGGUAUAUGGAGAAAGCGAAGCCUUGUGCAGAAAGUCUUUUUCCUCUGGCACACUCUCCUCAUUUAUUAUGCUGUCACUACUCUGUCAGGCAGAGACAGCUGCUAGAUACAAUCUAGAGGAUGAAAGCGUAGUCAUUUCUGAAAAAAAGAAUCACACUUCUUUCAGCAGCACUUCCCAACACAGCUCAAAAUCCUUUUGUGGUGCACACACCACUAUCCCCAACAUCAAGGUGUACAAUUCACCAAAGACUCCUUUUUACCCAUCAGGGUCUGAUAAGACCAUGGAUGAUGUUUCUUCGACGUGCCAGCAUGAGCAAAAAGAGCCAGUCGAGGUUGCUGAUCACAUAUGUUGCACAGCAGACCCACUGGAACAGAAUGAGGUGACUGAAAGUGGCUUUGAUGAAGAGAUGACUGAGUUGGAGAGUCCAGUGGCUUUAACAGAUGACACCCAUCAGAAGAAUCUGCUUAUCCAAGUGACCCCACCUUCAGUGUACAGCUCAGAAGAGUGCAUUAAUGAUGCAUUCCACAAGGGAGAUAAAGCACAAACAGAUGAGAGGCAAGAAGCUGUUAGCACCCAAACAAAGCAAAACUCAUUAGUGACUGUUAUAGGACGAUAUGAGCAGCGAUCUCUACACAAUAAUUCUACGAGUGAAGACACCGUACAAAACAAUAAAUCAGCAAUAGAAGCAACUUCUGCUUCUCCAACAGAAAAGUUUGAGGGCCUGAGACAACAAGUAGACGUUAUGGAACCCAAAAGGCACUCCCAAGCACCGCCCAGACGUACCUCCUUACAAUUAGCCAAGGCUUGUGGCCAAACAGAGAAACGUGUGAAUAGAACAGCCUCAGCAAAGGUCAAAGAGCACCUAAGGCCGGGAGACAGCAUCCCCAGAGAGUCUGAAGAAAACUCAGACCACUGGGCAAAGAAGCGCAAGAUGUUCAAGGAGAGCAGACAGUGGGGUUCCGCAGAGGAGAGUUCCAUGACUAGCAACAUCACUGACGAAUCAGACACAAUGAAUUCUGAGGACACCCGCUCAGUGGACAUGUCACUCCGAGACGUUGAAGAAAGAGGUUUUUACACGGAGACAUUCCACUCAGCAUCAUGGAUUUAUCGAGGAGAUGACGGCAGUCCAAAUGAAACUAUACAAUGCCUUAGUAAAAGCCCCCGACCAGUGGCAGUACGUGAACGAACUGUGAAAAUCAGUAAAGGCAUGGGAGAAUAUCCAUGGGGUUUCAGAAUUCAAUACUCCAAACCAAUUAUCGUGACAGAAGUUGACACAAAUGGGGCCGCUGAGGAGGCAGGGUUAAAAGUUGGAGAUUAUGUGCUAGCAGUUAAUGGCACAGAUGUCACAGGUGUGCCUCACUCAGAAGCAGUUGACCUCGCUCGGCAAGGCCCUGAUCUUCUGAUUCUGACCAUCGGCUCCGAUAUCGGUCGUACACCGAACACUCCAAAGCCGGCUUGUCGAGGCUACCUGCACAAACGCACUCAGUCCAGUUUUCUGAAAGGCUGGAGGAAGAGGUGGUUUGUGCUCAGACAUGACUGCUGCCUUUAUUACUACAGAAACAAACGAGAUGAAGGAAAGAGCCGUGCUUUGGCAGUCAUGCGAAUGGAGGGUGCAGUGGUAGGGGCUGACACCAGCCUGGGGAAACCAUUUGUGUUCAAAUGUUCUCCUGUUGCCGGAAAUCGUGUGUACUAUUUCUGUGCUACGUCGAACCAAGAAAUGAGAAGGUGGUUGGAAAGUUUGGAACGAGCAGUUUACCCCAUUACACAGAUUCACGUGUGGGUGGACGUGACACGCCACAACUCGAACCUGCCUCCUCUGGCUGUGAAGAACCCAGAGUGUCUCGGGCUUCUAAACUUGCUAGACAGAAACAAGGACACGUGGGUGCAGCACUACUGCAUCCUAAAGGACGGAUGCCUUUACUUUUACGCCAGCAUACGAUCAACAUAUGCAGUUGGUGGGAUCUACUUGCAUGGCUACACAGUGAGGGAACAACCUCUGGGAUUCAAGAGGUCCACUAUUGAGCUCAAGCCUCCAUCAGAAGAGUUCAAACUGUUCUACCUUUGUGCUGAAAAUGUCAAUGAAAAUAAAAGGUGGAUCAGAGCAAUGAAGACAUCUAUAGGAAAAUGGCUGCCUUUCCAUCAGGCACUUCAGGACUACAUGAGUCGUCCUCCUGAGGAAACCAAAAUGUAA